AUGACUUCUAGCUGCCGUGGAAACAACUCUUCUCGGGGUUCUCUUAAGAGCUGUCUGAAGCCUUCAGGUCGAAAGGCUGUUUCAAUAGCUAGUCACCCUGGGAGCUCUGUUCCCCGCAGCUACCCUUCUCCUAGCACUAGAUCCAGUCCUCACCUGGCAAAUAGCUAUCAGUCCAGUGAUAAUCUCCCCCAGACUUUUGGGUCAUCUUCAGACCAGCCAAGUCUCCGAACCUUGCCCAGAUGUCAUUCAAUGAGUUCUCUUCCAGGAGCUCAUAACAUCCCUGCCAAUGUUGGCAUCUGUAGCUGGUUUGGUGACGUGGCUCUCAAUGGCAGCGAGAAAGAGACCAUGCGCUUCUUGAAUGAUCGUCUGGCCAACUAUCUGGAGAAGGUGCGGCGACUGGAGCGGCAAAACGCAGAGCUGCAAGGCAAAAUCAAGGAAUGGAGUCAUUGCCAAGUCCCCAACAUGUGCUCCAACUAUACCUCUUAUUUCAAGACCAUCCAUGAGCUUCAAUGCAAGCUCCUGUGCUCAAAGGCAGAGAACUCCAAGUUGGCCGUGCAGGUUGACAAUGCCAAACUGGCUACGGAUGACUUCAUGACUAAAUACAAGAGUGAGUUUUACCUUCGCCAGCUGGUUGAGACUGACAUGAACAGCCUUCAGAGAAGCUUGGAUGACCUGACCCUAGCCAAGAGUGACUUGGAAUCACGGCAAGAGUCAUUGAAAGAAGAGAUACUAUGUUUAAAGAAGAACCAUGAACAGGAAGUCCACAACCUGCAAUGCCAGUUGGGAGAUAAGCUCCGUAUUGAGCUGGAUACAGCUCCACCAUUGGACCUUAAUCGGGUGCUGGGUGAGAUGCGUUGUCAGUAUGAGGCCAUGUUGGAGACUAACCGCAAUGAUGUGGAGCAGUGGUUCAUCGCUCAGAGUGAGGGCAUCAGUCUGCAGGAGAUGUCUUGUUCAGAGGAGCUACAGUGCUGCCAGUCAGAGAUCCUGGAGUUGAAACGCUCUGUGAAUGCUUUGGAGGUUGAGCUGCAGGCUCAGCACAAAAUGAAAGAUUGUUUGGAAAAUUCAUUGACUGAAUCUGAGACUCGCUACAGCACUGAGCUGGCCCAAAUGCAGUACUUGAUCAGCAAUGUGGAGGAGCAGCUGGCCGAGAUUCGGGCUGACCUGGAGAGGCAGAACCACGAGUACCAGGUCCUCCUGGAUGUUAAGGCCCGGCUGGUGUGUGAGAUCUCUACCUACCGAAGCCUGCUGGAGAAGGAGGACAGCAAACUUCCAAAUAAUCCAUGUGCAACUUCCUCAUGCCACACACCAAGAACUCCCUCUUUGAGGUGCUCUCCCUCUACUCUCCCAAAGAGCCAAGGAGUUGUCAUGGCCAGCAAUAGAGCCUUCACACAGGGGCAGUUCUGA